GACAAAGAUCACCCGCGCUGCACUGCACCGCCCCGAGGACGAUGGCCGGGUCUCCUGCACUGCUCCUCCUGCUCAGCUUUGGGCUCUGCUGCACCAGCACCCAGGCACAGAAGAAGAUGAUGGAGGCCAGGUUCCUCAACAGAAACAUAAAGCACCCCAUAGAGGGACAGCGGCUGGAGCUGGAGUGCCUGCAUUACGAGAGAAACAGACCCAUCUUCUGGAUCCGCCUGGACAAGAGUGGGAACCUUCACUUCAUUGUCUCCAGCACCCAUUCUUAUUCCACCACAUUGCAAGAGGGUGAGAAAACACCUCCAAACUUUGAGGCAUUAUGGAGAGGAAACUCCUAUCGACUAGUUGUGAAGUCCUUCAGGGCACAGGAUCAGGGGAUCUAUUUCUGCAUCAACUACAUCAACCCAGUGCUGCACUUCAGCUCGGGACAACCCGCCUUCUUCCCAGUCACAACUACAGCAGCACCCACUACACCCGCAGCCACCACCCCCAGCAGCCAGGCCACCAAGAAGGACAACUCACUACAGAGUCCGGAUGCAGCAGAACACAUCACACCCACUGCCAUCACACGGAGCAGCCAGGUCACCACAAAGGACAGCCCACAGCAGGGCCGAGAUGCAGGAACAAGCAACGAGAACACACUGCAUUUCUGCUAUGAUGGGGUCAUCUGGGUUAACCUGGCUGGUGCCUGCCUCCUGCUCCUCACUGCCAUAACCAUCACCAUCACGCACUGCCAAAGACCAAGCUCACCGUAAGCAAGCAGUGCUGCAUCGCUGCGCAGCAGAAGGCACACAGGCGUCCGCCUCAAGCAUCGCACUGAUCCCAUCAGCAACACACACAACUGCCCUAAUGGAGCGUGGGCAUCAGGCUGAUUCUUCUCUGCCUACCCAUCAAUCUCACACAAAACUCAGCUCUCAGACCCCAACCCACAUCUCACUCCUGAGGUCUUCCCAAUUAAACGCUUCUAAUCCUUAA